UCUUUCAUCAAGAGAUCCAUUAGCUACCAGAUGUCUGUCUGUCUCACAGCAUCGCCUAUUCAUUACUGAAGAAAGGCACAAGAUGUCCCAACACAUAGUUGGGAUGAUUCUAGUCUAUCUGCGGAUGGCUGCCUCGGAAGAAGGGAUACAAAUCCUGCAAAGCCCAGCACAGCUGUGGCUGACUUCUGGCCAGACUGCAAAGCUGGACUGUAAAAUAUCAGAAGAAGAAUGGCGAGUUCGGUGGUACAAGGAACAACAGAAUGGAAGUUUACAUGGGAUUCAUCAGAGUUCUGAGUCUGAAUCUUUAGAUGAAAAAUACUCGCGUAAAGUGAACAUUACGGCAAACACGUUUUCUCUACUUAUCAAUAACAUACAAAGAGAUGACUCGGGGGUUUAUUACUGUGGCCUCUCUGCCUCUGUGUAUCUACUGCCCAACUUUGGGAAUGGGACCAGACUAAUUGUCACAGAUGCCUCCAAGCCGAGACUUUCCAUCCUGGUGCCCUCCACACAAGAGGAUACUGAGCUUCCCCGCGUCAUUCCUCUGCUCUGCCUGCUCUCUGAUUUCACUCCUCCCUGGAGUGAAGUUCUCUGGGACACUGGUGAGGAGGCGUCUGAUGGUCAGACGGAUGCUGGAGCCAUAGACGGGAAUGGGGUCUUUAGUGUUUGGAGCCUAAUGACAAUCCCGUCUGAGACGUGGAACCAGAAGACGAUCUGCACUUGUACAGCCAAGGAGAGCAGCAUGGGGAGAAGCAUCAGUGCUACAGUCUCCAAGGAAACAGGAGACUGUAGCAUUGUGUUCUACGCGGGGCUGCCCUGUAUUUUUCUCCUUCUCCUGAUCCAGCUGUUGAUCUUGCUCUGGAGAAAGUGCCCCGUCAGAGGGAGAGCUGUGCAAAGAGGGAAUCAAAUACCUAUGAGACAGAUGCCACAGACUGAAUAUGCGACUCUGAUGUACAGUAACAGAAAUGCUCCUCGGUAACUGAAUCUCACAAAAAUGGCUUAUGUGUUUUUAAAACAGGAGAUGCAGAAAGAAAGAAUGAAAGAGAAAGAGAAAUAUAGAAAGUCUCAUGUUUGU